AUGGCCAUCAAUGAAGUUAUGUUGCUUUUCAACAUGAUAUUCCUACUCAUUCAGGAUAUAAUGGAUAACUUCCAGCUUGGCGAGGAUUUUACCGAAUGUAUUAAGCUUGGAAUCCUUCACAGUCCGACAGGACGUUUCCUAACCGCUGAAGUAUUCAACAACGAGAUCAACGUAUCUGGCACGGCUCUACGUCGCCGCCAAGUUUGGACUAUAAUCACUGAGCGCGGUCGACCUGAUACGGUUUACAUACAAAGUCAUCUGGGACGUUUCCUAUCAGCAGACAAAGAUGGCAAAGUUAACGCGGCCUCGAAGAUACCAGGCGUCGAUGAACGUUUUCUACUGGAAUAUUCUCCACAAGCGACUGGCGAGUGGUCGUUCCGAUCUGAAGCACAUAGUUAUUACCUAUCCGGAUCUGAAAAUCAAAUAAGUUGCUUCUCCAAGUCCCCGGUUUGGUGGGCAGUUCGAUUGGCGGUCCAUCCUCAGAUAAAUCUUCGUAAUCAGUUUCGGUCACGAUAUCUUCGCCUUCUGCCAGAUAGCAGUGAAUUACGUGCCGAUCAGCCUCAUCCAUGGGGAUCUGAAACACUGAUAUGGUUAGAGCAAGUCCCAAUGACUUCUGGCCCAACUGCCGGUCGAGGUGGUGGGGCAAACGUUGGGCGUGCAGCUGUCGCCAGAUUCGGGCGUGUGGCAUUGCGAAGCGAAAACGGUCAGUAUUUGAAACCAGACGGUAGUCUAGCUGAUGAAAUGGAAGACUCAGUGUUGUUUGCUUUCGAAUUGCGGCCAGGACACCCGCGAACCUUUGCUUUCCGUGAUAGCAACGGUGCUUACCUGACAACAAUCGGGCCCGGGACUGUGAAGGUCAAAACAAAUGUUACAACCCCCGGCAAAGAGGAGUUGUUCCUAAUCGAACGUGCUGCCCUGCAAGUUGGCAUUUUGGCACACAACAACAAAUAUGCCUCUGUCAAGCAAGGUGUCGAGAUUUCUGCCAACCAACAUGAACUGGACGAUACAGCAAUUUUCCAGCUUGAAUAUAUCGGCGGGAAAGGUUUCAACUCGAAUGAUGCAAUUGCCUCCUCAAACUCAGCUCCUCAGUCCCCGAGUGGUGAUCCUGCACCCUUAUCGACCGGGUCAUCAGCGACAAAUGGCAUGACUCCUGGAAUAUUUUGUUUGGUCACGGGGUAUUGGCGCCUCCGUGCACGAAGUGGGAAACUCUGGUUGAUGGCACCUUCUGCCGGUGUGCAGAGUACCGGCUCAGACGGUGACAAAUGCAGCUUGUUUGAAAUUCUCACCCUUUCGGACGAUGCCGGACGUGGCCAUGUCGUGUUAAAGGCCAAUACUCCAGGAUCCGGCCAGUCGCUAUCAGCGCGAAAGUUGGGUGCCAUCUCGUCCAGUGGUCGAACUGUAUGUGAAGUCCAGUCACCGGCUGAAACCGACCUAUUUCGAGUUAUUCUGGUCAACCGGCCCUCCAUCGCACUCGUUUCGCUUCUGACUGGUGGAUUUGUUUCUCGGGGGAAACAAACAACUUUGGAUUGCUCCAGCGUGACGUAUGAGAGGUUUCUGUUGCAACUGACCAAGAACAACACUUAUCAGCUUUUUGCAAGAGACACCAAGUCCUCAUUCUCACUAUGGACCGUCAGUCCCAGUGGUCUUAUCCAUUUGAAACCUACGAAGCGAAGGCCUGACGAUGACCCACUGGAUCCUGAGUGCCUAGAACCUGGCACGGAGUUUCUCUUCCACUUUCUGGGCUGUGGACGUACCCUUAUACGAGUUGUUGGAGAAGUUAAUGGUGGUUUCACUCUAGUCAAAGCAGAACCAAAAGGUGAAGUAAAGUGGGAUUCCGCUAACGAGAUUUUGGCCAACUACAUUUGGGAGAUUUAUAGUAUUGCUAAUUUGGACAGUAUGGAUUUUGCGAAAACCACUGUGGUUGAAAGACCAAAAGCGACAGAUGGCCGAUCGGUGUGUCCGAUAGAUUCACGUCCGGAAAUUAUCUAUCCCACUCGGAAACCAUUUCAGCGUUAUUUGGAAGAACUGGUCAAUCCAAAAAUAUGGAACGCUCAGCCAAGUUUGGUCAAGCGAGAGCAACCAACUUACUUGAAGGCCAGUCGCAUGAACGAAAAUCCCUAUAAAUUCAUCAGAUUCGAACGUAUAAACCAGUUAAAAGAACGGGAACAAGCUCGGAAAGAUGAAGAACGUCAGUGCCACGAGAGCGCGCGUGACUUGAGCGAGAAACUUCCAUUUUCAGUUAGACAACGAAAUACCGCUGCCAGUAGUGUUCGUAAGUUGAUUCACGAUGAAAAUGUACAGGAACUCAACAAAUAUGGUCGUUUGUUCGGUCCAAACAGCUUGACUGCCCAGCCGUUAAACAGUAAAUUCACCAAACUCAAGGAUAUUCCUUCUCGACUAACCUCACAAACACUAACAAUGAGCAGACGUCUCACUGAAGACCCAAAUGAGAGUAGAGGAGUUUUGGAUGAGAAGAGGUCGUCUGAUAUAGAGACUGAAAGCCGCGAUUUAGCAUCUAAAACGGAAGCCUUUGAACGUAAGUCUGUCGCACCACUUGUCGAAAAGGAUCUUCCUAGAGUGAAAGUAUCCUUAUCUAGGAAACCCAAAGAGGAUAAGCCGGAUGAAGGUCUGAAGGCUUUCGUGCAAGAUCGUAGACGUGUUUGUCUACUCGAACUAGCGGUACGAACAAAAAAAGGUGAAGUGAAACGGCUGGACGCAAUUCUACAUGCAGAGAACGAAUUUCUAAAAAAGGAAGAACAUGAACUCAUACGACGGCAUGAGGAUCAUGAUCGAUAUUUGAAGUCAAUUUGUCAACGCACUGCCGAAGCUAUCCGAUUAGCUGAAGGAGAAGCCCACAAAAGGAACGAAAUCACAGAUCGAAUUAAACGCGCGAGGUACCGGUUGGCACAUCUGAACGCAGAAUGUGUGAAACUUGAGGAGGAGUAUCUGCGGUUGAGCACCUAUAAAAACUUUUUACGUAAUGUUUUCGAUACAUUCCGUGAACGUCACACCCAAACAAAGGUUGUUUCUGCUUCUCCAGAAAGUGUGAAAUCAGAAGAAACCGGAAGGCAUUCUAUGCCCAUGGAGAGCUUCGAAAGUGACCCGACGAUAAAACAUCAGAGCACAGGAGACGCUACGUCUUCUCCUACACAGAGACUAAGUGAAGCGAGCUCCGAUACUGUCUCAUUGAUAGAAUUCUUCACGAAUCCCCAGGACUUGGUUGAUAUUCUAUCGGAACUGGAAAGCAACAAUUUGACAUUAAUCGAGAACGUACAAGAACAAGAGGAGGUAUGUGAGCGGGUUCGAGCAAAAGCUCACAAAUUGUAUACUAUGCUCAAUGCAGAACGUGAUAUGGUCGACCAACACAUUGAACGAGAACGAGAAAAUAUCAGUGGUAUCAAAGAGAAUGUGAAUGCAAUCACAUUAGCUCGAAACACCUUAUCUGAUUUUGUGUUGCUAGAAAGGUACGCCAAAGUGUUCCACUUGGGAGAUAUGGAGCAGUUCGAGAGUUUGGACCCUGGUCUUCUAUACACUUCUCAAACACCAAGUACCAAAGUUGCUGUUGGCACACAAGCCAAACAACAACAAAAACAGCAAGGUGCCUAUCUCAACACGGAUAACAUUGAUGCAAAACCCACCAUAGCCAAUUUACUCAGUGUGCUCCAGUUUCAGGUACAACGGGUCUAUUCGUCCGUCUACGGAACCAAUGAAGGUGGUGCACGACUUGAUACGCUAGUAAUGCUACGCCGCUUGGAAACCACGGUGGACGAAUUGAGUGAAAUGUUAAACGCAUAUCCCCGUGCUAUGGUACUGAAAGCCAAACGAACUGUGGACGAACGUAACCGUGUAUCGGCAAGAAGACGCCAGAAAGCUGAGGGACGUCUCGCCUAUGAACGAAGGCUACAAAAAGCUAUCC